AUGUCUACGGAUACUUCCAUUGCAGGUGAGGCAACCGAGGCCAAGAAGCUUUUUCAUGUGUUCAUCUCGUACAGGGUGGCGACUGAGGCUGGCUUGGCCGAGUCGCUCUGUGACAAGCUCCAACAGGCGGUGAUUGGAAAGGACAAAGUCCGUGUGCGGUGCUUUCUUGAUCGGAACAAUCUGGUGGAGGGAGAGGACUGGGAGAGGGGCUUUCUCAACGGCCUCCAUGGAUCGAUGCUCUUCAUCCCGCUCAUCUCGGCCAAGGCCAUUGCCAACAUUGCCUCCCUUGGUCCCGAUGACAAGGACAAUGUCUUGCUCGAGUAUGAGAAGGCCCUUGCUCUGAGAGACGCUGGGAGGAUGGAAAUCUUGCCGCUGCUGGUUGGCCAUGUCGACGAUGCUCGCGCCUACCAUCGGUUCUCGGCCUGGAGUCCCUUUCCGGACAUUGUCUCGCUCACCACCCGCCAGGCCGCCUCGGACGCCGGCGGCGAGCUCAAGACGGUUGCCCAGACCAUGGCCGAGCUGUUCUCCAUCCAGGGCGUCUUUGUUGAUCCGCGAAGCCUCAAGGAUAAGAUCCCGACCAUUGUCAAGCGCCUUGACUCGUACGUCUGGCCGCGCUACCGUGCGAUGUGGCAUGCGCGUGACGAGCUCGGGCCCGAGGAGACCUUCUCCUGCGUCCAGUGUGGGCAAGACUUUGUCGAGUCGGCCAACGGCCGCGGCGCCUGCCGCUACACGUACUACUCGCCGUGGAUCAACAACAAGCCGCGCGGCGAGGCCGGCUACCGCCGUGCCCGCCACGCCGCCGUCCACCACAACAACUUUCCCUACACUCGCCGCUACGAGUGGGCUCUCGACACCGUCGGCUGGCGCUCGCACGCCACCAAGCUCUUCACCGCCUCGGUCGACGACUAUGCUGCCGAGACUGAGCUCGUUGCCACCGUUGGCAUUGUCAACGACGGCCCGCGCUCCGGCCAUCUCUUUGUCGCGCUUGACAACAUCUCGUGGGUUUGCCUCUUCUCGCCGGACGACAUCGCUGAGGCCCAGGCUGGUGGCUGGGAGCGCAUCGCCCACAUCCCCAAGCCGGCCUUGCCGCUUGUCGAGCCCAUCCCCUCGCUCACAACAGCCACGCAGGCAACAGCUCCCACAUGGUUCAAGGCCGAGUGGGUCUACGCGCUGGAACCGCGCGAAGACGCCAGUGAGCUGCGGACCAUUGUCGGCAUUCGCCUCUCCAUCAUGCCGUCGCAUGUCGACCAGUCAGCGCCCGACGCCCAGCCCUCCUCGUACGUCGUGUACAUUGAUCCGGCCACUCUCGAGAUGAGCGGCGUCGAGACCGAGUUUUCGACCAACAUGAGUGCUGCCCCCACUAGUGCCGAUGCUGCCGUCACCCCCGAGCCGGCCCGCGCCCGCCUCACGCCCGCUGGCGACCUCCCAGUCUCGCUCAAGCUCACUGCGGAUGUUGUCGGCACAGCGGCGAGUCGGACUAACGCCGACGUUUUUGCUCUUGAAGCCACCUUCAUCAACCUUAGUGAGACCGCCAAGAUCACUCUCCUCGAUGGCGAGGUGCUCUGGCGACCGCAUGGCGCCGGCAGCGAUGCCUGGACCCACGUCGCUCAGGACUGGCCGGCGUCGGGCCUCGAGCUCACGUCCUGGUCAUCCGGCGCCGGCGACGCUGACUCCCGCUUGACAAGCUCCAGCUGGCCUGCCGUCCUCCCUGCUGACGGUGUUGCCCGCGGGGUCCUCACCUUCCAUGUCCCGUCGCCCGGCAAGGCCGAGGCCAACUUCCGCUGGCGUCGCGCCACCUGGAUCGCUCGCUUCACCGCCAUUGACUUUGCCAUUGUUCUCGAGUCCAAGAAGGGCGCAGAGGGCCGGUUCGAGUUUACCUUUGCUAACCCGCCGCAAGAGCUCUUCUCCGCUCCGCCGGCCGACGCCCGCCUCCACAUCUACGCCGACAACGUCGAGGCUUUUUCCCGCUCUGCGCUCACUAUGGUGGACUCGUCCGACGCCAGCAAGGCGUUCUCGCUCUCGGCGCCUGGCUAUCGCUUCGAGCCCUCGCACUUUAUUCUUCGCUGCAUCGUCCACAAGGCCAUCGAGUCUGGCGAGGAUCUCGUGCUCUAUCAAGAGUCGCGGUCGAACAACGAGGUCCGCUUUGCCAUCUGGAUUGCCGUCGACGUGGCGGCUCGUUGCGCCGUCGCCCUCAAGCUCCACAUCUACACCCGCACCUCGAGCUCAGUUGCCGUCUACCCGCUUGUCGCCGACCCGGGCUCGGCCUUUGCCGCUGCCGCUGCGCCGGCCGCGCUCCAGGCCACGCUCGACUCGGCUGACUUUGAUACAUCGGCCUCGGACUCUAGUGCCACUUCUGCCGCCUCGUCUGCGGGCUUUGUCUCUUCGCCCCAGAUCGCGCGCCUCAUCCAGACGGCAGCCCACGCUCCGCCGGUCACAACUUCGGCGUCGGCGUCAGCCUCAUCCGCUGCGACCACCACGACCACCACAACCGCCACAACUGCCACAACCGCUACAACCGCCACAACCCUUGACUCUCGGCUUGCCAGUAUCGAGACUGCGCUUGCCGCCCUCGUCGCGAAGCUUUAA